AUGGGUGUCUGUGGUAUUCCAACUGUGAAACCCAAACAAGGAAAGCUUAUGUACAUUGGAUUUAUUUUAUUUGGUGUUUUGAUGUCAACACUGACAUUUAUACCAGCCUUUAGAAGAUUCUUUGUGGUAAAUUCUUGUUACUGUAGCAGAAAUACAAGUCAAGGAAAAUGUGAUACUUUGGUGGGACACAUUUUGCUGUACAGAUUCUUCAUUGGAAUGAUGGUUUUCUUUUUGUUCUUGGCGAUAAUCAACUGCCAGCUGACUGUGUUUACAACGUUCAGCCAUUGGCUCGAGAAUGGCUUCUGGUUCAUAAAGUUUCAUUUGUUUUGUUUGUGUGUUCUCUUGUCACUUCUCAUUCCGGAAGGACACCUCAGUAAUGCCAUAAUGCAUGUUGGUUGGAUUGGAAGUUUUAUUGUGAUGGUUAUCCAGGCCAUUUUAAUCAUUGAUCUAGCAAAAGCUUUAAAUGGUUAUUGGGUAGAGAGAAUGGAACUCUCAGAACGGCCAAAAUGGUGGUAUUUUUCAAUGUUAUUCUUCACAUCUCUGUUAUAUACCCUUUCUUUAGCAUUCAUUGUAUAUUUCUAUGCCACUUACACCAUUUCAAAAGAUUGUAGAACAAACUUAAUUUUUAUCACAACUGUUGUUUUGCUUUGUACUUUUGCAUCACUUUUGUCAAUUCAUCCCAAAGUGCGAGAAACUGGACUCCUUCAAGCUGGCAUUGUUACAUCAUAUUCUGUUUAUUUUGGUUGGACCUGUAUGCAGCAUUAUCCUUAUUCUGCCUGCAAUCCUAGCUGGAAUUUUUUAAUCCUUACAGAGUUUAAUUUUCACAUUCAAUUGAACAUGAUCUUUGACACUUUUGUGACAUUUUCACUGCUCGUAUACAGUGUACUUCAUGAGGUAUCUGUGCAGCAUCUCCUAACAAACAUCAAUCCUUGUGCAGAUUGCUGGAAUCUUCAGUCACAAGUUGAGAAUCAUCCUUCGACUUCAGAGGAGAGCGAAGAAAAGCCACUGGUUACCUCAACAUACCUUAUGUUUUACCUUUUUCUUCUUUUGAUAUGCCUACACCUCUUGAUGGUAAUAAGCAAUUAUUACACUCCUGAAGGAAUAGUCGGCACUGAAGAUGAAGUACUGGAGACAGAAUAUGACAAACUCAUUGACAUGGAUGAAUAUGUGAAGUCGUUAAGCCAGUGGGUUGCCUCCUGCCUGAAAAUGAUUGUGUGUGUUGUGUUCCUUCUCCUGUAUAUAUGGACUAUUCUAUCGCCUGUUGUCUUACCAGCAAACAAGUAACUCCAGCC